UUUUCUGUGAUACGCUCCAUAUUGAGCUUUUACACUCACCUAUCAGGUAACACGCCUGAAGACGAUCGAGGCAGAUUAUUUGAUGGUUCAGAAUAACUUCAGAGAGCAUACAGAAAGGAUUUCCAGGCCAACAAAUUCGGGCUCUGGUAUUCAAAAGAAAAACGAAGCGAUUAUUAAUUUACUGUAUGAUGGAUUUUGCGAGAGUUCACUAAGAGAAUCUAAAAAACCGAAGGCAAAUAAAAAAGGACAACAAUGGGCUGGGGAUGGACGAAAAAGGAGAGUGCAGAGCAAUCACAACCACCGGAAGACGAUGAUCAAAUUCACAAGGAUGUGCUCUUAGCUGGACGAGAUGCUUGUUAUAAGGGCACUACACACACGUCCUCCGGAGAAAAUGCUCGUGACAUGUUCUACGCUUGUGUGGAGAAGAAUGUGAAGAGUAAACCCACAGAAAUUGCAUCAGUGGGGCUCCUUUAUCCUGCGGAAUGCAAGCGUGCCAGAACUGAGUAUGAAAAACAAUGCCGACCCACAUGGAUUUGGCCAUCGGAGGAAUCAAACAAGGUCCAUUUUCUCAAAUGGGCUGCAACUCAAAUUUAUGAUGUAAACAUGAUGGGUAUAGUGGAAGGAGCAUGGAGGAGCUUGCGACCUAGCAAAAAUAAUAAAAUAGAGCAGUUUACAGGAAAAGGUUAAACACUUUGACAGACAGUAUAGUUCCAAGAAGAGAGUAGAGCGAUUGUUGGAAACUGAGGGUUCUCGUAAAGGUCCCAUGUCGUUGCCCCAAAGAUGACUGAUAAAUUCCUACUUGAUGGUUUACAUCUAUUGAUGUAUCUCGCCUCAUUUUUUCUUGAAUCUUAAUUCAUCAGGCAUAUGAGAAGGCACCCGGAAGACAAUGUUUUCAACUUCUAAGGUUUGUCUGGCACAACUUUGAUGGGUGCUGUGCAGCAUCUAGUCAAUUAGGAAUGGGUGGAAAAUGUUUACAGAAGACUAAUAAAUAGUGUAAUCAGUGUGGUGCACAAUUAUAUCUAUGUCUUGUGGAUAAUCAAAGCUUAAUUUGAAUUUUGCCAUUUGAAUCUGAUACUCUUCAUAAAGUUCAAAUGUGCAUUGCAAGUUUGUCAAAGUUAGGUGGAUGGCUAUUUUGUUAAGAACGGAAAUCUGUAUGGUAUGAUGCAACAGUUUUGAAUA